CUUAAGCCUAAUCGUUCCAAUUUCCAGCCUACCUUGGAUAAGUUAAUGAAGAACCUAAAGUACUAUGUUAAGGAAGGAGCGUAUUCCGAUCUAGUUAAGCUUGAGGAAGCACUCGAUAAUAUCGAGUCGAGCGAGCUGAGUAACAUGUUCAAGAGGACCAAGUACUUAACACCGACUCGUAGUCAUCCUAGCGUAUUUAAUAAGCCGCCGUUCGAGACCAUUACUAGCUUAAUGUUAGCCCCACUUGACAAGAUUGGCGAUAUGUUGAGACGCUGGCCG